AUGCCCGUUCAAGAUAAAUGUGCUAUCUUUUUUGAGAGACCCGUCACUCGAAGUCAGACCAAAAGCCUCAAUAAUUCAAAUUCUGGUACAAAGUUGUCCUCCACUAAUUCUUCUCGUUACGGUGGUGUUAAUAGUGUCACCGCGGCAACAAAUCAAAAAAAUAACCCAAGCUACAACUGUUAUUCCACAACCUCGUCGACAACUACUACUAAUUCAGCCAACGCUAGCAAUGUAAUGAAUCAUUCAGCCACAAACACUAGCAGCAAUCUAAUAUAUCAAUGCAAUACUACUACGACUACCGCUACUAACAAAUCCAAAGACGAUUCUUCGUCUCGAAUCUUAGCUUCGUCUUCCAACUCUUACCGGAUAUCGGAUUGGGCUCCGGAUACUCCAGAAUACACACCGGAUCAUUUAUCUCAAUAUGGCUUUGAUGAUGUUUUUGAUCAAGCGUUUGCGACUGCACUCGUCGUAGAUCUGAAUUCUUUACCAUACACGCCGCCCUCGCCUCCGGAUGAUUCAUCCUCUCCGAUCUUUAUUGACCAAGAUGACGAAAUCGAAGACUUGGUGGUGUUGGAUGGCGAAUGUGUAACUGAUCCAUUUUCGUUAGCGGAAAAGAAGCUGCCAAUCACUCGUGAAAUCCUAUUCGAAAUCAAGACCCAUCUCGAUCUCGAGGAUACUGAAGAUGCAAUGUUUUGGUGUUUAUGCACGUUGGCAUUUCAUUCACUCGCUCGAAUCAACGAAUUAGUGACAAACACGAAAUCAAAGGAACCGUUACAAAUCGAAGUUGAACAGGUCAAAGCGCCAAAAGUCUAUGUUGUACCAUACGCGUGUAUUCGAAUACCUUACCAAAAGAACGAAUACGCCAAGAUCCGACAUCUCGUUGUAUGUCCUUCGAAUGAUGACAUUUGCCCGUUAACUGCUUUAUCAAAUUACUGUCGAAUUCGGACACAAGAAGGGUACGCGUCAGAUCGAGAUCCAUUCUUUUGCUUCAAAGGUGGUGAAGUCGCUUCAAGAAAAUGGUUCCUGCAUAAACUCGAUCCAUUAUUACCAAAUGGCGAUGCGUCGAGGUACAGUUUUCGUGCUGGUGGUGUCUUGGAUUUGGUUGCUCAAGGACGAACAAAACCCGACAUUCGAUGUUUAGGUCGAUGGAAUUAUAACUCGUUCGAGCACUACCUGAAUGAUCACCCCUCGGUUCUAUUGGCUUUCAUCUCGGCUUCUAUUACAACUGCAUAUGAAUAUGGCGACUCUAUGAUGAUUUAA